CGGUGCGCACGCGCAGAUUGGCGGCGUGACACGCGUGGAGUGGAAGUGAGUGCAGUGCCCGGUGUCCAUCCUCGCAGCGAUCAUGUCGUGGCUGUUCGGGCUCAAUAAAGGCCAGAGCGUCGUUCCUCCAGACGGGCCGGUUCCGCCCGCUCCUCCCGCGCCUCCUCCCGCCGGCUCCGGUUCCGACAAACCCAAGGACAAAUGGAGCAACUUCGACCCCACGGGACUGGAGCGCGCGGCAAACGCGGCCAAAGAGCUCGACCGAUCCCGUCACGCCAAAGAUGCGCUGGAGCUCUCUCGCAUGCAGGAACAGACAGUACAGAUGGAACAUCAGGUCAAGAUGAAGGAGUACGAGGCGGCUCUGGAGCAGCUGAAGGGCGAUCAGAUCCGCACUCAGGGAGAAGAGCGAAGGAAAACCCUGAACGAGGAAACCAAACAGCAUCAGGCGAGAGCUCAGUAUCAGGAUAAACUCGCCCGACAUCGAUACGACGACCAACUGCGACAGCAGCAAGUGCUGAACGAGGAGAACCUGCGCAAACAAGAGGAUUCCGUUCUGAAGCAGGAGGCUAUGAGGAAAGCAACCAUCGAGCACGAGAUGAAGCUGCGACACAACAACGAAAUGCUGCGCGUGGAGGCGGAGUCAAAGGCUCGAGGGCGUGUGGAGAGAGAGAACGCUGACAUCAUCCGAGAACAAAUCCGACUGAAGGCGGUGGAACACAGACAGACUGUAUUAGAAUCUAUACGGACUGCGGGUGCUGUGUUUGGUGAAGGCUUCCGAGCGUUUAUAUCAGACUGGGAUAAAGUCACAGCUACAGUGGCGGGGCUGACACUGCUGGCGGUUGGUGUUUACUCCGCUCGGAACGCCACCGCAGUUGCCGGCCGCUACAUCGAGGCUCGCUUAGGAAAACCCUCACUGGUGCGGGAGACGUCCCGGCUCACUGUGAUGGAAGCUCUCAAACACCCCAUCAAGGUGGUGAAGCGUUUGAAGAGUAAACCUCAGGACGCUCUGGAGGGAGUCGUGCUCAGCCCGACUCUAGAGGAGCGUGUGCGUGACAUCGCCAUAGCAACCAGAAACACCAGACAGAACCGAGGUCUGUACCGGAAUAUUCUGAUGUACGGCCCGCCGGGAACAGGAAAAACUCUCUUCGCUAAGAAGCUGGCAACGCAUUCUGGGAUGGAUUAUGCCAUCAUGACAGGGGGUGAUGUGGCACCGAUGGGUCGUGAUGGAGUGACAGCCAUGCACAAAGUGUUUGAUUGGGCUGGAACAAGCAAACGCGGGCUGCUGCUUUUUGUGGAUGAAGCUGACGCAUUCCUGCGCAAGAGAUCCACUGAGAAGAUCAGUGAGGAUCUGCGAGCGACUUUAAAUGCAUUCCUGUAUCGCACUGGAGAACAGAGCAACAAGUUCAUGCUUGUGUUGGCAAGUAAUCAGCCCGAGCAGUUUGAUUGGGCGAUCAACGACAGAAUCGAUGAGAUCGUGAACUUCAUGCUGCCUGGACCGGAUGAGAGAGAGCGACUUGUGCGCCUUUACUUUGAUCGAUAUGUGCUGGAACCCGCCACUGGAGGUCGACAGAGGUUGAAACUGGCUCAGUUUGAUUACGGACUGAAAUGUUCUGAAAUCGCUAAGCGAGUGGACGGCAUGUCUGGGCGAGAGAUCUCCAAACUGGGAGUGGCUUGGCAGGCGGCUGCGUACUCAUCGGAGGACGGUGUCUUGACGGAGGACAUGAUUGAAGCGCGCGUGGAGGACGCCAUCCGUCAGCACCGACAGAAGAUGGACUGGCUGCACGGCGAGGGCGUCCUGGACAAUGAGGGUCGACCGCUCCAGCCUCCAGAGAUCCACAGUAAAGGCAUCUCGACCCUGCUGACAUCACAGGAAGUGACAUCAGACCUGGAAAAACCUGACGCCGCUGCUACAAACGACACGAAGCGAGAGCCGUCCGCUAAAGACGGGACUCCAGUAUAACCUUCAGAGUCUGUGCUGUGUAUUAACAGAACGAACGCGAAUAAAACUAACGUUCUUCAAUGUGUGUUUGUGGAGUUGUGUAGUAUUUGUAAUGAAACUGUAAUUCACUGUUGAUGAUGACAAACUGAAUCAUGAAUUUCUGUCUGAUAGUAAAACAAUAUUCAUUUCCUAUGA